UCUGCAGCAAGGCAGAAAGUACAGCUCUGUAACAUGCUGCAGACUCAAGACAUGCAAACACUAAUGCCAACGUGCAGCUUUUAAUAAUCUGUUAUGAAUUUGGCUGUAAGCUGAUGCAAUGGAAGUGCUGGGAACCUGAAAGGUGUGGGCUAGAGGAGGAAGUACGGAGUCGCUUUGACAUGCAUAUUCUCAUCCUCUGCUGCUUGUUGUUUGUCUGGUUGCUGUGUGUUCUGGCACUGGGCUGCACUGCUCACUCCAGCUAGCACUCCCCUCUUGGGGAGCCGUGUUUUGGAGAUGCUGUGUGAAGGCUGCAUAGAGAGGGACAAUGUGAGCAGUAGCGCAACCAUGGAGUUCCUCCUGCUCGGCUUCUCCGAGCUGCUCCAUCUGCGGGUCCUGCUCUUCCUCACCUUCCUCAUUGUUCAUUUGGUCACACUGGCAGGGAACGCCGUGAUCUUCGUGGCCGUGCUGAUGGAGCCCUCACGUCCCCCUAUGCUUUUCUUCCUCGGCCAACUCUCUGCCGUGGAGCUCUGCUACACUUUAGUCAUCGUGCCCAAGGCGCUGCUCGUCCUGGCAGCGGGCGGCAGCCCCAUCUCCGUGCCGGGCUGUGCCGCCCAGAUGCACCUCUUCGUGGCCCUCGGCGGGGCCGAGUGCUUCCUGCUGGCAGCCAUGGCCUACGACCGCUACGUGGCCGUCUGCCAGCCCCUGCGCUACGCCGCCCUCAUGGAGGGGCUGGGCCCCCGCCUGGCUCUGGCCUGCGCCCUCGGAGCCUUCGCCGUGGCCCUGGGCCUGACGGUGGCCGUGUUCCGCCUGCCCUUCUGCCAGCCCCGCCGCAUCGACCACUUCUUCUGCGACGUGCCCGCCGUGCUGCGCCGGGCCUGCGCGGGGGGCGACGCCGCCCAGCUGGCCCUGAUGGCGGCCUGCCUGCUCCUCCUGCUGCUCCCCUUCCUCCUCAUCCUGGCCUCCUACCUCUGCAUCGCUGUGGCUUUGUCAGGCGCCGCCUCCCCCGUGGGAAGGGGCAAGGCCUUUUCCACCUGCCUUUCGCACCUGGCCAUCACCUUACUGCACUACGGCUGCGCCACCUUCGUCUACAUUCGUCCCAAGUCCAGUUACUCGCCGGCUCGGGACAAGGUGGUGUCUCUGGUCUACACCAAUGUUACUCCUUUAAUGUAUCCCCUCAUUUAUAGCCUGAGGAACAAGGAAAUCAGAGGGAUCCUCAGGAAAAUGCUGAGGAGGAAGAAAAUAGGUGAACUGGGAUGCUAUCAGAGUUGUGAUGUGUGCGUGUGUGGUAAAUUUUAGUAGAACAAAGGCAUGCUUGUUGGAAAACAGCCCCAUAACCAGAUCACCAUAGGCUUCACUAAGGCAAAUAUCCAGGCAGAAUUCUACAUGCAUCACUACAUUUAUGAGAAAAAGAUAUCUCUGCUCAAAAAAAUCCCCAACAUGACGCUUGAUCUAAAGGAAAAUGCUUCAGUGAGUUGUGAGGACGAAGAGCUUUGAUCUGUCACUGGUCUCGCUUCUCUGAUCACAAACAUAUUCAGGCUUACAUACAUAGUCAUCCCAGCACAAUCAGAAGAUCAACACAAAAAUUUUUAAAGCUAAUAAACCAAUAUUAAAGUAUUGGUUUUGUUAUUCUUCUAUCAAGAUGAUAGUAGAAAUUGGGUAGUCAGUACAAAUUUUAGACUGGUAAGUUUAGCAGCACAAUAAAUCUAUUUGGGGCUUAAAGGAAUGUUAGAAGAAGAAAAUCCAUGGUGAGAAAGAAAGGUAAAAUAGCUGUGGUUUCCUCCAAAUUUAGUAGAAGGCUGCACUCUGGCAUCUCGUGACAAAUGGAAAGAUUGUUAGUGUAAACUCAUCUAACCUUAAAUUAUUCUACGUAUUGAAAGUUAAAAUGCCAACAGUCUAACAAGAGUAUGACUUUGCUCUGCCUGUUUUGCAGGAAGCAAAACAUAUUUCCUUUUACAGGGAGAUGCUUUAGGUUUGGAUUUUUCCUAUGGUAACACAAAGGCAAAGAUACUUGUUUUAUCAUGUGACUUUCACCAGCAAAGACUACAUCAUAUAAAUAUGAACGCCUGGGGAGUGCUGAGAUCUGUAAUUGUAAAAGUAAUAAUGCUGCUGCCACAGUUACUGAAAUUUCUUCAGCAAAACCAGUGAGAGUUACAGCACAGGCUGUACUUCAGCAGUCAUAAGAUUCUGAAAGGUGCAAAGCAGUGGUAUUUUAUGAGUUUCCUAUGUGUAGGAGGAAUGGGAUGAUUCAGACAAAUUAGAGAUGAUCAAUUUUGGCAGGAAGAGGGGGGGAAAGAACCAACCUAAUUAUUUUAUUUAAUAAUUCCCUCCCCCGUGUCUCUUUAAAGGCCAUAGAGACCCCAUGAUUCAAAACCCACCUCUUACACAGAAAAUUGCUGAGAAAAAAUUACAAUGUUUGCUUCUGUUCCUCUGCCUAAUCCAAAGGAAUUUCAGCACCCCAGCUGCCCUCAACUCUGUCGCUGGGCAGACUGAGAGAGCAGAGUGGUAUUUGCUUUCUCUGGGCUAUAAUCAUUAAAAAUUAUGGUAAGUGGAUUUGACAAAUAUAAGAAAUUGGCACUGUCACUAAGGAAGUUAACUUGGAGCCUUCUGACAAAAGAGAAAUAUGGAAUUUAAAACUGACAUUAAAAGCUGUCUUCAAGUUCAGAGUCUAGCCUGCCUAAAACAUUAACACAGAAUAUUGGCUCUCAAGUCAAUGAAUACCUAAUUACUCUGUGGGCAAACACUUAGCUGCAUUAUUUAAAAUUAUCAAAGUUGCAGUGAACAUUUUAAUCACCUGCCAGCUCUUCCAAAAGUGAGAAGGGGAGGGUCACAAUGAGAGAACACUAUGUACUAAUAGAGAAGUACUUCAGAAUUACAUUAGAGAAAUACUUUGAAUCAAAUACUAUUAAGUA